AUGUCGAGACCUCAUUUGCCUCUUUCCCCCUCUGACCUAGAAUUUGGUCUAUUUAGUGAAGAUCACCGUGGGACUCCAGAGGCUCCAGGUCGUGUGGUUACUCUGAUCGAACGCUCCUACUGGGAGAAGCUUACCGACCACCAUGACUCUGCACCAGAAAAGGUCUGGGGUGUGGCAUAUCGAAUCAAGCCUGAAAAGGUGUCUGAAGUCAAGGAGUAUCUGGAUAUUCGAGAAAUUAAUGGCUACUCGAUUCACUUUACACCCUUUCAUCCCGCUGACGGAUCUGCUCCCAUGAAAACCUUGGUCUAUAUCGGCACUCCCGACAAUGAGCAGUUUGUCGGUCCUCAGGAUCCCCAAAAGCUGGCGCAACAUAUCCUCAAUAGCCAAGGGCCAAGCGGUCUGAACAAAGAUUACCUCUACGGACUUGACACUGCCCUCAACGAGUUGUCCCCAGACAGCGGAGAUCACCAUGUGAGUGACUUGGCGCAACGAGUUCGAGCUCUUGAUACCUUGGUCAAUGGAGUUUCGCCGCAAGUCGGAUCAGGAUGA